AUGAUUAUGAAAGGUAUGGAUCGAUGUCGUACUGGACUUGGCUUGAUUAAGGAAUUUCUUCCAACAGAGAACCAGGAGAUGAAGCAGCAUCUUUCUCAUAAUAAGGAGUAUCUGCUUCUGUUCGACACGAAUCCAGUAGUGAUUGGUGUUGUUGAGAGAGGAUCAUAUUUGAAGAAGAAGGAUGGAAGAGUUCAGACAUUGUUUGUGGGAUUGUCAACCUUAAUUAAGGCCAUUUGCACAUGCAGGAGGGGAUUACUUGAAUAUGUGCAAAUGGCCUUAAUUAAGGUUUUUGAAACGAGAAAUGAUAUCCAAUUGUGCACUUUCAAGAAUAUUAAUGCUUCCAAAAUAACAACAAUUAGCAGUGAUAUGGUCCAAGUAAGAAAAUAA